UCACGCUAAUCAUUGUGCGAGUCGGCAAAAACAGUUUUGUGCCGAAAUAAAUAUAGUGCCUAAAUAACAUAAAUAAACGCCAAUAAUUAACAUUCAAAGUGAUGAGAAGCCAGCAGCAUUUGCAUUAACCGAAUGCGCUUUUCACAAGGCCUUCAAAAAACGCGAAACUUUUACACUCGAAUCGAUUUUUCUGCGCUGCGCUGUGCUUGCCAACUUUCACAGCGCCCAACUAACAAAAACCCAAGCCAACUAAAAAGGCAGCAGCAAAAUGUCGCGGCAUCCUAGCGACCGGAAAGUGUAUGUUGGCGAUUUGGGCAACAAUGCGCGGAAGAACGAUUUAGAAUAUGUGUUUGGUGCUUAUGGCAGUCUACGUAGUGUUUGGAUUGCACGCAAUCCACCAGGUUUCGCCUUUGUGGAGUUUGAGAGCGCCAGAGAUGCAGCUGAUGCUGUGCGCGGCUUGGACGGCCGAACGUUGUGUGGGCGCCGUGCUCGUGUAGAGUUGUCCACAGGAAAAUACGCUAGAUCUGGUGGUGGUGGAGGCGGCGGUGGUGGAGGAGGAGGUGGCGGCGGAGGUGGUGGUUUUGGUGGAGGAGGACGUGGUGACCGUGGCGGUGGACGCAGUGAUGAUAAAUGCUAUGAAUGUGGCAUGCGUGGUCAUUUUGCGCGCCACUGUCGCGAGCGGAAGGCAAGACAACGACGCAGAAGCAACUCAAUGAGCAGAUCACGCAGUACAUCGAGGCGUCGUCGCACUCGCUCCAAGUCUGGCACCCGCUCCCGCAGUCGCUCUCCCGGUUCGGUUGGCGGCGGUCGUCGCUCAGGACGCUCGCGUGAGAAUGGCGGUCGCGAUGAGAACGGUUCGGUGUCGCGUUACAGUGACCAGGAGCAGCGCAAUGGCAGUGGAUUGGUGGACUCACCGCCGCCAGUGAAGCGGCGCUACGAUGACGAGGAUGAUGACAGAGAUAGGGGAUCACGAUCAUCACCAUCACCACCACCACGUGGUCGUGGUUCGCCACCGAUGAGACGUCGCGGCGAUUCCUCCGUCUCCCGUUCCAUGUCCAGAGACUAGCGAUGCCAGGCGGCGGCUAACACUCAUAUUGGCCAUUAACAACAACAAAAACAAAUAGGGCUCAACCUGCUGCUCCUUGCAUUCCUGAUAUUCACAAAAAAAAAAAAAAAAAACAAAACUGAACAAAAACACCCAAAACAAGACCCUCAAUUACAUUAUAUUAUAUGUUCGUCGGGCAGUUAAUUGUCCACUUUAGUUACCCCGACUCCCCUGCAUUCUUAGCUUAGCACAUAAUCUAUAGAUUAAUACACAUAAACUAGACACUCCUUGUGCCCCUUCCUGUACCCCUUUGAUUUUAGUUUUGGAUAAAGUGAAACCCCUUAAUGCUCACAUAGAAGAAAUUGCUCUUAUAUUUUUCAUUUUAUUUGAAAAUUUUGUCAAUACGGAUCGAACAAGUCUCUCUCUAAAUAGAAGGCCGAUCUAGUCAUUUUCAAUUAUUUAUGAUUUCGUUUCCAUUUCGUAUAAGUAAGAAGAAAAUUGAUUUUAUGUUCGCUUUUAUUAUAUAUGCAUUACAAUACAUACAUCCAAAUACAUACAAAAGCAUAUAGCAUACAUAUAUGUAUAUCAGGCUAAGAAUGAAACUGAAAACUGAGAAGAAACAAAAUAAUAUAUAUAUAUAUACUAAAAUUGAAUCAUUUUUAGGGAUACACAACUGAACUUGCUAUCCAAAAGUCAAUUUUAUGAUGUAACUUAUCACAUUCAACCGCCCCUCCUCAUCCUUCCUUUUAUCAAUUGAAUACAAAAAAUGAUCCCCUAACAAAAU